GGAAUAUACCACCUUUUGUUAUAUAAGCCGCCACCCAACACUUAUCUUUCAAACACUUCUUCUCCCACCCUCACAAACUAACAGCAAGUAAUGUGAACAGAUCAGAGAGAAGAGGAGAUAUGGCCACUGUAAGAAAGCUGAUAGUAGAGGUGAUAGAGGCCCGGAAUCUGCUGCCCAUUGAUGGCCAGGGUACUUGCAGCCCUUACGUCGUCAUCGACUACUACGGCCAGAGGAAGAAGACCCAGACCGUCGAACGCGACUUGAACCCCUGGUGGAAUGCGGCGUUGAAGUUCGACGCCGAGGCCACUUCCGACGUGUUCGGGGACACGCUUGAGGUCGUCGUCUACCACGACAAGACCGUCGGCCCCACCAGAAGGAAUAACAUUCUCGGCCUGCUGAAGCUGGACUCGACCCAGUUUGUGAAGAAAGGGGAAGAGGCUCUCAUUCAUUAUCCCCUCGGGAAGAAGAAUCUGUUCCACUGGGUCCGCGGUGAUAUCGGGUUGAAGAUCUACUUCGUCGACGAGGUGGUUCCUCCUCCGGCACCGGCACCGGCUCCGCCGCCUGCGGAGGAGGCAAAGGCCGCUGAACCUGCGGAGUCUGCCGCAGCCGAAGAGAAACCGAAAGAUGAAGGUACUGAAUCUGCGGCUGGGUCGCCGGAGGAGGUUCAAGACCCGCCGGAGGAAAAUGAAAACCCCCAAUCGGGAGAUCAGAUUUCAGAACCGCCGAUUUCGAAACCGGAUGACGACGGACCUGUUCAGGCGAGGGCGUCUAUAGCGACAGUAUCUGAACCAGAGGUUAAAGUCAGCAACUUCGCCGAACCUAAACCGCUCAGCCGGACACCGUCGGUGAGCAACUUCGCCGGCCCUCCACCGCUGAGUCGGACUCCGUCCGUGAGCAGCUUCGUUUCCGAUGCAUCCGACAGAUCCACGAUGGAGAGAUCCUCGUUCGAUCUCGUCGAGAAAAUGCAUUACAUCUUCAUCCGGGUCGUGAAAGCCCGAUCUCUGGCAACUUCCGGCCUCCCGGUGGUCAAGAUCGCCGUCUCCGGCAACCACAUCGUCUCUAGACCCGCUCGGAAAACCGCACAGUUCGAGUGGGACCAGACAUUUGCUUUCUGCAAAGACGCGCAAGAUACCUCCUCGAUGCUCGAGGUCUCCGUGUGGGACCCCGCGGACGCCACGUCAUCGAACCCCGCGUCUGACGUGGCCGGUCACAACUUCCUCGGCGGGAUAUGCUUCGACGUGAGUGAGAUCCUCCUCCGAGACCCGCCGGACAGCCCGUUGGCGCCGCAGUGGUACAGGCUCGAAGGCGGCGGGGCCCACGGAGGGGACUUGAUGCUUGCCACGUGGGUCGGGACCCAGGCGGACGAGUCGUUUCCCGACGCGUGGAAGACGGAUACCGCCGGUAACCCCACUUCCCGAUCCAAGGUGUACCAAUCGCCUAAACUGUGGUACCUCAGAUCCACCGUGAUUGAAGCCCAAGACGUGUUCCCGUUAAUCACGCCGUCAAAGCAGUCCUCCUCCGUCCAAAUCAAAGCACAGCUCGGAUUCCAAGUCCAGAAGACCAAACCAGCCGUCUCCUCCACCGGAUCGCCGUCGUGGAACGAGGAUCUGGUCUUCGUCGCGGCCGAGCCGUUCACCGAGAAUUUCCUCCAAUUUGUCCUACUACAGCACCAGCCGCCCAAAGAUCAGGCCGUUCUCGGCGUCGCCAGCAUACCGCUCUCCUCCAUCGAGCGCCGCGUCGACGACCGCCAGGUGGUUUCCAGAUGGUUCACUCUCGAGGUCGAGAAGGGCGAGAAGAGAACGUACGGAGGAAGGAUUCACCUGAAGCUCUGCUUUGACGGCGGGUACCACGUCGUCGAAGAACCGGCCCAUGUCUGCAGCGACUAUCGGCCGACGGCGAGACAGCUCUGGAAACCGCCGGUCGGCACCGUUGAGCUGGGAAUCAUCGGGUGUAAGAACCUUUUGCCGAUGAAAACAAUGGGAGGGAAAGGAUCUACGGAUGCGUACGCGGUUGCGAAAUACGGCAACAAGUGGGUCCGGACUAGAACGGUUUCCGAUAAUCUCUCCCCGAGAUGGAAUGAGCAGUACACGUGGAGGGUCUAUGAUCCGUCCACUGUGUUGACCAUUGGAGUGUUUGAUAGCUGGGAGGUCUUUGACCCAUCGGACGGUUCGGUUAGGGACUUCAAACGAACCGAUGCCCGAAUGGGUAAGGUGAGGGUGCGGAUAUCCACCCUCGCCACCGGAAAAGUGUACAAGAACACAUUCCCAUUGCUACUGCUGUCCCCCGCGGGGUUGAGGAAAAUGGGAGAAAUUGAAUUGGCCGUAAGGUUUAUUCGAUCUGCGCAAACGCUUGAAUUGUUACACGUCUACGCGCAGCCGAUGCUUCCUUUGAUGCACCACCUCAAGCCGCUAGGGGUGGCUCAGCAAGAGGUGUUGCGGACCGCAGCCGUGAGGCUGGUGACGGCGCACUUGUCGCGUUCGGAGCCGCCCCUGAGGCGGGAGGUGGUGUCGCACAUGCUAGACGCCGACUCCAACGUGUUCAGCAUGCGCAAGGUGCGCGCCAACUGGUUGAGAAUCAUCAACGUGGUCUCGAGCGUGAUAGACGCGGUGAGGUGGCUGGAGGACACCCGCGCCUGGAGGAACCCGACGGCCACCGUGCUUGUACACGCGCUUCUGGUGCUGCUCGUUUGGUUCCCCGAUCUCAUCAUCCCCACCUCUGCGUUCUACGUGUUCACCAUUGGCGCGUGGAACUACAGGUUUCGGCCCGGGCGCGACCAUCUGAACCACUUCGAAACGAAACUCUCGUUGGCGGAGUCGAUUGAUCGGGACGAGCUAGACGAGGAGUUCGACGGCGUGCCGUGCUCCAGGCCUAACGAGUUGGUCCGCGCCCGAUACGACAAGAUGCGGGUGCUGGGGGCACGGGUGCAGGCGCUGUUGGGGGAUGUGGCGACGCAAGGGGAGCGGGUGCAAGCGCUGGUGGCGUGGCGGGACCCGCGAGCGACGGGGAUCUUUAUCGGUCUGUGCCUGGUUGUGGCGCUCGUCCUGUAUGUGGUGCCGUCGAAGAUGAUAGCCUUGGCAUUUGGGUUUUAUUACCUGAGGCAUCCUCUCUUCAGGGACAGAACGCCUUCGCCUGCUUUGAAUUUCUUCAGGAGGUUGCCUUCCCUUGCGGAUCGAAUGUUGUAAUUCUUUUUCUUUUUUUAUAUUAGUGCGAGUAUUUCUCUUUUUAUGGGAAGCAUUGUUGUUUUCAACUAAACGAGACACUCUUAU